CCUGUCGGCCCAGGUGGCGCGGGUUCUCAGCUCUCUCUGCGAUACUGUGCUGGGUCAGUUUGUCUGCGUGCCCCUCUCUGCCAUGGUCCGUUUCUCAAUACCAGAGCUCCUGUUAACAGUGGCCUUCAUUUCCGGGGCUGAGAUGAGCAUUCCACCGCCCACUGUCCGAGCUGAGUUUGGGAGUACAGCCAUCCUGCCUUGUCGUCUUGAGUCUAAGGGUACCAUCAAAUGGGAAAAGAGGGCCUACAACAGUUCCAUAUGGAGCAUUGUCCGCUCGGAAGGCCAGCAGCUCAUCUUGAAGAACGUGGGUUUGAGCGACCUUGGCAUUUACCGCUGUCGCAAUUCAAACAAUGACACCUCUUGUGAAAUCGGGCUGCGAGUCUUCAGGCUUCCUUACUCAAGACUCUUCAACCUCAACGAUUCAGAGAAGAAUAUCAUCCUGAUGGUGGAGGGGAUACUUCUGCUGUGUUGUGUUAUCAUCCCUGGGACUAUCCUUCUACGAGAGAAGUCUCAGAGGAGUCUACGGGAGAGAAUUCAGCGCUAUAAGGAGGAAAACGAGAAUUUGUAUCAGGGCCUGAAUCAGGAUGACCAGGCAACGUACGAGGACAUCACUCGAGGACAGCAGAGCAUGUACCAGGACGUGGCCAACUGCCGCCGCAGUAUCGUCGAUCUGGAGAAGCCCUGAGGCUCGACAAGGAGAGGCGCUCGCUUGCAGUAGGCAACCCCUCACCUCUUGCUAACUGCCCAUCAUUAUUGGCAAGUGGGCAAGGGCACAGGGCCCAUUCACUCCCCACUGACCUUCAUUCACCCACAGGAGGGCAUGUAGUCUAUCUGAUCUCAGCUGUGUGUGAUGGGAUGAUAUAGAGGGUACUUCAGUCUGUGUCUGACACUGGGAGUGUCUGAUGGGACAAUAUGGAGGGUGCUUCAAUCUGUGCCUGAUCCUGGAAGUAUGCAAUGAGACAGCGUAGAGGGAGCUUCACCCCAAGUCCAACCUUGCAAAGAAGAUUGUUAAAUCCUUUAGCUUCAGUGUAGAUCUGGCCUACAGUUUUGCAUCAGAAUUCAACAAUGUUGUUCUGAAAGGUCCAGUGCCUUCAGUCCUUUGCGUUGUUUUCCAUUGUGUCUGCGCUGGUGAGAGGCCGGGAGGAAAGCUAAUUCAACUCCCACAUCCUGUCGAGGCAAAUUAAGGCAUUUUGCACCCUCUGCUGGCUUCCCUUCACUUCGUCCCCUCCAACCACUCCUGCUUCCACUGAGCCAAUAAACACUGCUUGAUG